AUGGACGAUCCCAAAACCCUAGAAAACCAGGCACCAAUCAAUACAGAACAAGGAGAUCAAGAAGAGGAAGAGGAAGGAGAGGAGGAGGGAGAGUGUGGGUUUUGCCUGUUCAUGAAAGGAGGCGGGUGCAGAGACAAUUUCGUUGCUUGGGAAAAGUGCAUCAAAGAGGCUGAGAAGAAGAAGGAAGACAUUUUCAACAAGUGUUUUGAGGUCACAUGGGCUUUGAAGAAGUGUAUGGAGGCUCAUCCGGACUAUUAUGCUCCGAUCUUGAGGGCCGAGAAGGCGGCGGAGGAAGAAGCAGUGAGGGAAUUGGAGAAAGAGAAAGCGAAAGAAUCGGCUUCGGCAUUGUCGUCCUCGGCUGGUUCAGAAGAGCGAUCGAGUUCACGGGAAGAGGAGGAAUCAAAAGUUUCAGAGAAUGAAUGA